CGUCAUGGGCUCUGUGCUCCAGCGUGAAAGUAGAGAAGAAUACGAGGUCUGAGUGCUUCAGAUGAUCGCAUAGGAUAUUUUCUCCACCGCAACUGAGCUAAUGUUAGCUGCCGCGAGCGGAACAUCGAGAUAGGAUCCAGCGGACUUCGGACGGACGCGGUGCUAGUAUGCAGCUCAAAAAUGUUCCCGAGUAAUCGGAUGACAACACUCCGAGCAAUCGAAGGAAAACUUUCGAGUUCGCUUUACACGGUGGGCUUGCAAUAAGGGGUCGUGUGGCUAACUGGGGGUCCCUCCUGCGCACCGGUGAAGGCCGGUGUCAACCGACGAGCAGUGGCUGAUAAAAUGACUCGCAUCCCGCUGAUGCUGACACACGUGCAGGUGAACUGCAUCGAUUGAAAGCCAUUGUGACUGCGUCGGUUCACUCGGAGCUCAUCUAUAACCUGGGGUCGACUGCAAAGGAAGGCGCAGUGACUCGUUCAUGAGGCGUGUUUGGGUCCUGCGUACUCGAGCUCCACAGUCCCACACAGGGAGAGCUGAAUCUGUGCUGCGCCGCUCCAUUUAUUCGCCUAUACGCUAUUUUCAUGUAUGGAUGGACGUGUGCAUGCUUUGACAGAGAGCUGCGUGCAUCGUUGCAGUUGGCACAGCGAAUCCCAAGGAGGGGCUGUCACUUUAGGAAAUAUAACUAAAUUGGAUCUGUUGAAGCGUUAAUUUUGCGGAGGCUCCCUAAGAACAUUGCGUAAGUCUGCAGCGUACGCUACGUCUUUUUGAAGGCACAAAAAAAAAAAAAAAAAAAAAAUCGGGUGACUUUGCAGUCUCUGCCCUCUUUCUCUCUCUCUCUCGGAGAAAUAUAACGUAAGCUCCUCUCGGUUAUUACGUCUGUCGAAAGGAAGGGAAGGUGGAGCAUUGUCCGUCUUACGUGCUGACGCAGUGGGAUUUCUACGUGUGGUCGGCGUUUCGCCCCGCCCUUCCCGCGGUGACGGUGAUGGGUCGGAAGCGGUGUGUCGGUGCAGAUUGUUCGAAGAUGGCGGCCGGGUGCUGCGGGGUGAAGAAGCAGAAGUUGUCGGGAUCCCCCGGGGCGGGGGGUCCCGGCGGGGCGGGGAGCGGGGUUGUUGGGACCGGACAUUGUGGAUCGGAAUUGGGGAUCGGGUCCUCGUCGGCCGUCGUGGCCGGGAACGUGAACCGAGUGAACGGCCUGGGGGGUCCGGGGGGUAGCGGUUGUAGCAGCAGCAACAACACCAAUGCUCUGUCCCCAACUCCGGGAGGCUAUAACUCAACCGGCCUCUCCCCGAACCUCAGUCCCGGCCCGGGAAGUGGAACCAGGAAAAUGGUCGUUUCAGCGGAAAUGUGUUGCUUCUGCUUCGACGUGCUUUAUUGCCAUCUAUACGGAUACCAGCCACCUCGAACACCCAGGUUUACAAACGACCCCUACCCACUGUUUGUCACAUGGAAGAUUGGCCGGGACAAGCGGUUGAGGGGUUGUAUAGGUACAUUUUCUGCCAUGAACCUGCACUCAGGACUCAGGGAGUACACUCUUACCAGUGCCCUUAAAGACAGCCGCUUUCCCCCCAUGACGAGGGACGAGCUGCCCCGCCUCUUCUGCUCAGUGUCUCUGCUCACCAACUUUGAGGAUGUUGGUGAUUACCUAGACUGGGAGGUGGGUGUUCACGGCAUUAGGAUAGAAUUUUUUAAUGAAAAAGGAUCAAAGCGCACCGCCACCUACCUGCCAGAGGUUGCGAAGGAGCAAGGAUGGGACCACAUUCAGACCAUAGAUUCCUUACUUCGAAAGGGAGGUUACAAAGCUCCCAUCACAAAUGACUUCAGGAAGACUAUUAAAUUGACCAGGUACCGUAGUGAAAAGAUGACGAUGAGCUACGCAGAAUAUAUCGCCCAUCGGCAGCACCAUCACUACCAGAAUGGCAUCGGGCACCCUCUCCCUCCUUACAACCAUUAUUCCUGACAGCGAGCCGCAUGACCAGUCACUGGACCUCUCCGCGGACCUCUUCCCGGGAGAGCCCGCCCCCUCGUGGUCUAGCUAUCUCUACUACUGUACCAUUUUAUGAUGAUAGUUUCCGUUGCCAUGUCGACAAUCAGAUGGCGGCAUGGCAGCGGGUGGCAAAUAAGUGAAUAUGAAACGAAAAAAAAAAAUACAAUUCAUUUAUUUUUAUUCUUUGUAUUAAUUUCGUUUUUGCAGCAUAUAUAUCGACAUUUAACCCCUUCUCUUAUUUUAUUUUAAAAGAAAAUAAACAAGUACUAAGUUUUUUUGUUAUCUAAAUUAAAUUUUGUUCCAACAAAUUUCCUAAUCAGGUUUUUUGAGUCUGUGGAUGGAAAUAAGUAAUAUUAAUGACGGGCUAGUCUUGAAGAAAAGAUACUUUGCUCAAAGUUUGCUUGAUUUAUUUGCCGCAGUUUUGUUUGUUCAACAAAACCUUUUUUUCUUUAAUAAUUUCUCAUUCGUUUUUGUUGAUAUCAUGUAGGUAACCGCAGGGUUCGAGGGAUUCUCUUUCCUCUCUGUGCGAUUCCGCUGAUAUUUUUCUUUCGUUAGGUAUGUUUUCUGUUUUAUUGUUAACAUUAUUGUCGUGGGUCAUUCUGUGCAGCUGAGUUAGUCAAUGAAGAACUAGUUAAAUCAGUCAUGUGUUUGUUUUUUUGCCAUCGUGUGGACAAACUCAUUAGAAGAUUGAAACCACUAGAUAAAUAAGCAAUUGGGUGCGCCGCAAUAUUAACCCAUAAUGCAAACGAGUGCCACACUUAGCAUUAUCGGAGUUCCCUUGAAUUGAAUUUACUUAAUCUUUACUUAAACAGUCAGUUUGCCCUUUUUUGUGUAGUGUUAAUAUUCUUAAGAUAAACAAGAAGCAUAUUAAUCUGUUACGUCCUGUGAUGUCUUUACUUUGUAUUGUGUUUGGUGUUGCUAGUGUUGAUCACAAGAUGAUCUGUGGUUAGUCUUUCCAUUUCAAAGUAACAAUAAGACUUUUCUUGUCCGAGGAACGUCUCUUGAAAACUAGGUUUGUGAGCAGAGGGCUGUCUGAAUUUGUCUUAUAUACCCAGUAUUUUGUAACACUCUUAUUUCAUCACACAGAGAGGAAAACCUUUGUGCGAGACUAAGGACAAAUGACAGGGACAAGCGUAAAAAAAAAAAGCCAUACUCUUUUUAAUGCAUGCUGCGGCAGGGUGGUUGCUCCAAAUGGCUGUUUUUAAUUCAAUUCUCCUCUGGUCCGUUUACCUGGUACUGAAGUCUUCACUCCUGCCCUUUGGAAGUGGUUUUAAAUGCUCAGUUUUAUUCUUCUGGUCUUGUGGAGGAAUCUGAUCAGGUUUAACUUGCGUGUCUCUACUUAAUGGAAUAGUUCACGAAAAAUUCCACAUGUUGUCAUCAUAUACUUACCGUUAUAUGAUUCCAAAUCUGAAUGACUUACUUUCUUCCAUGGAACAAAGUAAGUUGGGUUUGGAGUAAACAACGACAGGAUUUAUUUUUGGCUGAACUAUUCCUUUAAGAUCUUUGUAGCUGAGCCAUGUCAUUCUUUUAGACAUUAGCUCAGUGUUGAAAUGGUCAUCGUAUGCCACCGUGUCACCUCAUCAUGCUUGGAACGAACAAUGUUUACAUGUCCAUACAAACGCCACAAGCUAAACGGUUUCCAUAAUGGAGAAGAUCGUCCUCAGGUCGAGGAGAUACCACUGCUAUGGUAGCCACUGAGCUCCUCGAUAUCUUGUGGUGAAGCUAGUUUAGAUCACGUCGGCUCUGCAAUAUAACACCAGAAAGUUAUUCACUAUUCGACAUUGAAUACAACUUUUCGUAAAGCUGGAUUAAGAGGUUGCCUUUAUUUACAUACAGCUAUUAUGAGAACUAUUUACUAGACUGAAGACAGAAUAUAUUGAGUUGUCAGGCCAUGUCCACACUAAUACGUUUUCAUUGAAAACACGUUGAUUUUUGGUAUUUAUGCAUCUCAUCCACACUAGAGUGACAUUUUCCUCCACCAAAAAAUGGGGACUAACGAAAAAGGCUCUCCAUAACCACAUACAUUUGGAAGCUGAACAUGCUGUUUUCAAAUGAAAAUGGAUUAGUGUGGACGUGGCAUUAGUCUGUAGAUGCAGAAGACUAGCUCUUGGAAGAAGUUUGAUCAUUACUACAAGGAUGAAAUGGAGAGGCGUUCUCGACAUCAGAGAACUUUUUCAGUCUUUUUCAUAUGCAAAAUGUUAAGGGCUUUCAGUGUUCCAUCCACAGUCAUUCUCCAACUCAACAAAACAUAAAACAAAAAACUGAUUUCAGUUGUGUUGCCUUAAAAAAUGGUUACGAUGUGGAAAAAGAAAUAUCGCUCUGAAUGCUCAACUAUUUGCAUGUCUUCCCGUUUGAGACUGAAUCGCAUUGUGCUACUUUGGACGUUGCGCAUCGAGCAAUUGGACGAAACUGUCAAGUGAUUAUUUGUUUUCCUUUUAGUGAGGCCUUCCACUGCCCAAUUGCGACUGUUUUCCUAUUUGUUAUCUAAAUCCCAUCUACCUUACGAAAAAUGUGGUGACGCAAUCGUCAAGUCUCGGUUUCGUAAAUGCCCUUUAAAUGACAUUUUACGCCACUUUAUGGCCUCGGUUUUGAACCCGCUGCUUAUUUUAUCGUCCUGUAGUUGACCAAUCAGAGCCUCGUUUUCUGGUCCACAUUAAAAAAAAAACAGCACAAACUGAACAUAUUUUCUGCUGCAAAACCAACCGUUUGCAUGUGUGAAAAAAAGUGUAUACACAUUUGCAAUACAUUAGUUGUGCAUGUAUGAAUAGGAGGCCUCCUGUAAAAAAAAACAAAAAAACAAAAACACGGCAUGCUCGUUUCACUGCUAUAUAGAUAUAUGAGAAAAAUGACAAUAUAAAAUGGUGCUAUCAGACCCUGUGUUGGGGGUGGUCGCAGUAAAUGUGACUGGUCAUGCGGAUUCAUUGAUCAUAUCAGACUUUAUUAUUAUCCUCGAAAUAUGCAGAUCUGUUUUACAGGUGUUUUUUUCUCCUACCAGUGUGUAACGAAAUCUCCUGCAGGUUUGAAAGGACAUGGAGUCACGAGUCUAACCCCAUCUUUCCCUCAUGGCCUGGGGCAUACGGGCAUAUGCAUCUCAUCUGUUGUAGAUAGGACUGUCAAAUGUCAUCUCUGGGCAGUUGUUCACAUUCAUGUGCAUUGCCAUUUUGAACUACGGCUGGCUUUGAAAGGGAUAGUUUACCUAAAAAUAAAAAUACGGUCAUUUAUGCCACCUCCAAACUUAAAUUACUUUCUUUCUGAGGUGGAACACAAAAGGAGAAAUUUUUGUUGCUCUUUUCCUUGCAAUUACAAUGAAUAAUACUGUGAACAAUGUACAAUGAAAAAUAAUGCAAAACCGUACCAUAAAAUUGGUCCAUGUGACUAAAUUUAUGUUCCAGUCCCCAUUUAUUGUAAUUGCAAGGAGGGAAGUGACCAGAACAUUCUUCAUGGAAUUUUUCUUUUGUGUUCUAUGAGUAAACGUGGUGAGUAAAUGACAAAAAAAUUCAUUUUUGAGUGAACUAAACCUUUGGCAACCAGCUUUUGUAGUUCACAAGGGAUGUUUUUGCCUAAAUAGGGCCAAAACUACUGCGAUACUGUGAUAAUGAUAAUGCCAUGUGUUCAGAGCGCAAAAUAUACUUUUUCGCUCCAAUAUCCCGUUCAAAAAAUAAUUUUUUCAUUUUGUUGCGAGCAACAUUAUAUACAAAAACUUGUUUUAGUUGUGAUUUACUCCAAAAUUAAAAGAAACCAAUAAGAAGUUAUAUUUUGCAUAUAGAAAAUGAAGCCUAUUUUUAUGACCAUUGAGACAUUAUGACAGUUACCCGCAUUUACCCCCCGAUUUUCAUUACCGCAUUGUGAAAGAAAUGACAUUUAAAUUGUAUUUAUACAUAAGGUAGCACUCCCUUGAUACUAUCUCUCAUUUUGCAGAUUUGAAUGAAAAACAUAUAGUACAACAGCAUCUUAUUUUACUGUAAUACAGUAAAGAAAUGACUGGUACGGUAAUGAGAAUCAUCAUUAAAAAGAAUGGGAAUAGUGAAAGUGUCUGAAUGCGUUGCGGUAAUGACAGCUGGGGGUAAAAUGUGCUUAAGUGUCCCGAAAAUAAUGUCAUAAUUCAAAAGAUCUUAAUGGUCAUAAAUGUAGGCUUCAUUUUCUUCAUGCAAAGCAUCAUUUUAUAUAUUCUUUAUAUUGAUUUGGGUUAAAUAUGACCAAGACAUUCUCUUGACAGGUUUUCUGAGAAUCACCCAAAUGAUGAAAAACAUCUCAAUGUUAUCUGACACGUUUGCACACUUUGGUUGAUUGGAAGUUGGAUAAUUCAGUUGGAGUUUCAUAGUAGUUGUUUUUGAAAAUGCACUUUGGGAACAAUGGUGAACUUUUUAAAAUCCCUGACAUCUUAGAUUACAGCACCUAUCCUUCAGUAAAAUUGUUUAAAGAUAAGUUGAAAGUGUGCUUGUUGGUGGCCAUUUCUUGGACAAAACCCAUUUUUACUCCCAUGUUUUGCCCAGUCCUCCAUUUUCCAUUAUUCUCAACACAACUGGGAUUAGUGUUUGUUUUUUACUCAUUUUUGGCAUAAACGUCGGGUUCUAACACCGACAUGCGAGCUUCGCAUUCGCCAUCAAACCUGUAGUCGUUUGGAUUGUGUUAGGCUCAUGUUACUAUUGUGUGUUCAAUCGAACCAAAGAUGCCUCUAGCCAUGUCCAAAUGCUGCUCUACAGACCUGCCUUCCUGUCCUUCCAAAAACCUUUCCUGCAAGAGAAAUGUCUUUUAUUUCUGUGUAUUUGUUUUCUUUUUGUGUGUACAAUUUCUGAUAUUGUUUAAGGUUUUUAGCAACCAUAGUUCAUUGAAUUUUCUUUGUAGCUGUCUUUGAGACCUUGCACGGUGUCAAUGAGCAUAAUUGUAGGUUGCACAUUUUUUAUUUUUUUUCAUCAUUGUUAUUAUUAUAUAUUUUUGUAAAGAAAGAAAACCCCAUAGCGUGCCUCUUAGAUUAAUGGGUUUCUUAAAUGUGUUUUUUCCUAAGACCAGCAGUUAUACUUUAUACAAAAGAUGAGUUAAUCCUUAUUUUUAAAUGCCAUGUAAGGAGAAAAAUAAAGCCUCUUUUCUUUACUCUGGACCCAGUAGCUGCACUGGCCUACAAUCGCACUGAUAUGGAAAAAAAAAACAACAAAAAAAAAAACACGUAUAAAUAAUAAUGAUGAUGAUUAAAAAAUAAUAAAUGACAUGAGAACUACAAUAAACUUGUUUAAACUUUUUUUGUAAAAAAAAAAUACAAAGCAAAAAAAAAGUAAACACAAUGACUGUUUUUGUACAUCGAGUUGAUUCUUUUCAAAAGAAAUUUUGGAACUAGUUUCUAAUAUUAUUUUAGUGGUUUUCUAUGUUCUGGAACUUUGGGAAAUGAGUUUUGAAUGUGCCGAGCAAUGAUCGACAGCGUGCAGUGUUGUCGGUGCGGGCACUGGGGUUGCCUGGCGUAGCCCCCCCAUACCCACCACUUUUUGUUGUUUCUAUUUUAAUUUUGAAUUAUCUUUGCUUUAGAAACUUGAAAUUGUGGAAGUAACAACCUGGCGAAAACUUGCGUUUAAAAAAAAAAAAAAAAACAGAAACAAAGGAAAUGCUUAAAAAAAAAAUUUAACACAACUCCCAUGUAGAAUUAGAUCCUUUACCCCAUUGAAUUGCUGUUAGUGUGAUGAGACUUGAAAUGGGCAUUUAUGAAUAUGGUAGUAUGGCUCAAAAAAAAAAAAAAAAAAAAGAAGAAAAAAGACAAAAACGACAAAAUCAACAAAAAAAAUGUGUUGGGAGUGUGGGGCGGGGUGGGGGGGU